AUAGAUCGAAGGGUAGCGAGAUAGAUAUUCCGACAUUUGAAGAGAUUUAUUUCUUGAUGGUCCCUAAGGAGUAAAGCCAGGCGGUGCAGGCGGUGCAGGCGCCGCGCGUCCCGUGACAACCCCGCGGGCAACUUCAAUCAGCGUGCAGCGGCAGCAGCAACCAGGUCGCGAGUGAUGGCGGCUCAGGGGCCCCAUUGGUGACCUUACGUUGGCCUCGAAUGAGAUGGACAAGUACAAGUGGUGCGCCUGCCUGGCGUGCGCCCUGCUGUGCGCCUCGGUUCUGCUGUGCGUGUGCGUGGCCACUCUGAUGACCGCUCCGUGCUCCGGCGGCGGCUUCCGGCACGCCGCCGUGGCGGCGGACUCGCUGCUAUGCUCGCGGGUUGGCAAGGACGUGCUGCAGCAAGGCGGCUCGGCAGUAGAUGGCGCCAUCGCGGCCCUCCUGUGCACCUCCGUGGUCUUCCCUCAGAGUAUGGGGCUCGGCGGAGGCUCUGUCGUAACAGUCAGAAAUAAAACAGGUAAGGUGACGGUCUACAACUUCAGAGAGACUGUCCCUCGCAAGUUUAAGAGCAACCUGUUGGAUGAUUGUUCGGAAUCAUUCAAACAUACGGCAGGUAGUCAGUGGAUCGGCGUUCCCGGUGAGCUGCGGGGCUACGAGGAGCUUCACAAGCGCUACGGCAAGCUGUCGUGGUCCAAGCUCUUCGAGGAGCCCAUAAGGCUGGCCAGGGAGGGCGUCGCGGUGCCUCCUCAUCUGGGGAAGAUUCUUGGCAUGCCCGCCGUGAAAAGCAGAGUGGAACGUUCAGCCCUCUGUGACAUUUUUUGCAACAACAACAAGAGUGUUCUUAGGACAGGAGACAUCCUGAAGUUACCUCAACUUGCCGAGAGCCUGCAGAUGAUUGCCGAGAAAGGAGCAGACGCUUUCUACACUGGCGAGAUUGGUUGGGAUUUAAUUCACGACGUCAAAACCGCAGGUGGAACAUUAGAAAUGGCGGAUCUGAGGUCCUACCGGGUGAGAGCGGUGGAUGCAUGGACAGUUCUUCUGGGGGACACGCUGAUGCACAUUCCUCCACCGCCUGCUGGGGGCGCCCUGCUUGCCUUUAUCCUCAAGAUCAUGCAAGGGUUCUCAUUGACACCACAUUCCCUGGAAGGGGAAGGGAAAAUUCAGUUUUACCAUCAUUAUAUCGAGGCGGUCAAAUUUGCUAAUGGCCAGCGAAGGAGCAUUCGCGAUCCUUUGUUCAACAGCGAGACGGGUGCGGAACAUCUGAUGGAUCCCACCUUCAUCGGUCACAUCAGGACAAUGAUUUCUUCCAAUGGCACCCACCCGCCAUCGUACUACUCCGACGUCAAGCCGCCGCCCGAUCACACCGGAACGUCGCAAGUGUCCGUGCUGGAUGAAGACGGACUGGCAGUCUCUGCCACCAGCACCAUAAACCAUUUGUUUGGAGGAGGCAUUUACUCCCCACGGACGGGCAUCAUCCUGAAUAAUGAGCUGGCUGACUUCUGUGGGAGAGCAGACACACUGAAGCCUGGUGAGCAGCCUCCCUCCUCAAUGACGCCAGCUAUACUAGAGUCCAAGUCUGGAGGACUUCUUGUGAUUGGCGGAGCAGGGGGAAGCAUGAUCACCGGCGCUGUGGCCUUGUCCGUAAUAAAUCACUUGUGGCUGGGAAUGAGUCUGAAAGCAGCCAUCGAAGCUCCCAUCGUGUAUGUUGACUCCAAGAACAAUGUGAAUUUUCCACCCGGUUUUGAUCAGGCUGUCAUCGACGGCCUCAGAGCUCUCGGGCACCAGGUUGGACAAAUGCAGUAUUUUUUCAACAUCGUGAAUGCCGUGGAGAAGGAGGAGGGAUGCAUUGUGGCCGAAUCAGACAUGAGGAAGAAGGGGAUGGCGGACGGAUACUGAAUUGAACAUUAUUCACAAAAAAAAAUUCAAGACUCUCUUUUUAACUUGCUGAAAAACGAAAAAGUGAGCUUUCUGAUGGCUUCUUCAUGGAAAGAAAACUCAUUGAUGGUUUGUAUACAUACAAACUGUUGCUUUACAAAAUGACUUUUUAAAAUGUUCUAUUAUUUGAUAUUGUUUUUUGUUAAUUUCUUUUUCUGGCAGUUGGGUGGGGGAUACAUUGAAUUUAAUGCUGAACAACCAAUUAAGCUACAAGGAUGAUGUAUUCAUAAUAAAAGGAAAACAUGAUUUUACAGGAAAGAAAAUUUGUUUUAUGAACUUGGUCCUUUGUUCCCAUGAGCAAUUACAUCUUAUAGAACCAACUGUGAAAACGAGGUGUCAUUUCUUAUAAAUUUCAAUGUGUACUAUACGAGUUAUCAUCAACAAAAUGGCUGAAAAUUCACUCACUGGACAAAAGGGUUUUUUUUUUUUUUGGUGGGGGUGGUCUGGCCAGGCCCCAGGGUGUCCUUGUUGAGGUUCCCCCACCCCUUCGAGACCUAAAAGUAAGGAAAAGUGUUACAGAAAACAGAUGGGAGGGAUGGAAAAUGAGUCUUGUAUGUUUACACUGUAUGUGCUUAAAUAAAAAGACUCAAACCAUAAAAAGGCUCUGAACAAUUAAAA